GCGGUCCGUCCACCAGUUCCGCGAUAGCGUUCGUCCUCCCUGGCGAGUCACAACAAUGCUCUUUAACAAGCUGCUGAGGGCCGGUCUGCAGACCGGUGCCCGCCUUCAAAGCUCCGGCGCUGCAGCGAGCGCAAAAGCAGCCGGUAGUUCCCAGAAAGCAUCGCUUGGUUACUGUUUUGAGUUAACGGAACAGCAGAAAGAGUUCCAGGCACUGGCUCGGAAGUUUGCCCGCGAGGAGAUCGUUCCAGCUGCAGCUGCCUACGACAGAAGUGGUGAUUAUCCUUUCCCCGUCAUUAAGAGAGCAUGGGAGCUCGGUCUGAUGAACUCUCACAUCACAGAGGACUGUGGUGGAAUGGGCCUGUCAAUUUUCGAUGCCUGUCUCAUCACCGAGGAGUUGGCCUAUGGCUGCACUGGAGUCCAGACUGCCAUUGAAGCCAACUCUCUUGGUCAAAUGCCUGUAAUCCUUGCUGGCAACGAGGCACAGAAGAAGAAGUACUUGGGAAGAAUGACUGAGGAGCCACUUAUGUGUGCGUACUGUGUGACCGAGCCCGGGGCAGGCUCUGAUGUGGCGGGCAUCAAGACGCGCGCUGUGCGGACGGGGGAUGAGUACGUCGUUAACGGACAGAAGAUGUGGAUCACCAACGGCGGCAAAGCCAACUGGUAUUUUCUCCUUACCCGUAGUGACCCAGAUCCUAAAUGCCCAGCCAGCAAAGCGUUCACUGGCUUCAUUGUUGAUGCGGACACUCCAGGAAUUCAAGUGGGUAGGAAGGAAAUGAACAUGGGCCAGAGGUGCUCAGACACCAGGGGCAUCACAUUUGAGGAUGUCCGGAUACCCAAAGAGAAUGUCCUCCUUGGAGAGGGGGCUGGCUUCAAGAUUGCCAUGGGGGCCUUUGACAAGACCAGGCCACCAGUGGCGGCAGGGGCAACGGGCUUGGCACAGAGGGCCCUCGACGAAGCCACCAAUUACGCAAUGGAGCGGAAGACCUUCGGCAGGCUCAUCGCUGAGCACCAGGCAGUGUCUUUCCUGCUGGCUGAGAUGGCCAUGAAGGUGGAGCUGGCCAGGAUGGGCUACCAGCGGUCUGCCUGGGAGGUUGACCAAGGCCACAGGAACACCUAUUAUGCGUCCAUAGCCAAGGCCUUUGCUGGCGACAUCGCCAACCAGGUUGCGAGCGACGCCGUUCAAAUAUUCGGAGGAAACGGCUUCAACAGCGAUUACCCAGUGGAGAAACUGAUGAGAGACGCUAAAAUCUACCAGAUCUACGAGGGCACUGCUCAGAUCCAGAGGCUGAUCAUUGCCCGCGAACACCUGGGGAAAUACAAGAAAUGAAGACAUGCUAAGACCUGUCAUGGAACUGUUGUCCGUCCUUGUGUUUUUUUUUUUCUCCAUGGGAAUGACACAUGAUCAACACAACUCAGGAUAGUGUAGAAACUGUUGGUUGCCUUACUUCCAUCAUCCUCCUGCCUUCAGCUUUUCAGUGUCCUAUUCAAUAAAAAGGGUGGUGCUUGUAAGAAGACUGUAACUGAUCAAAGCAAUGUAAAAUAGGGGGGGGCGCACCCCGGUGGCUCACCUGGUAGAGCGCGGUAGGAACGUAUAAGGCUGAGUCCUUAUCACAGUGGCCUGGGUUCGAAUCCGACCCGUGUCCUUUGCUGCAUGUCGCCCUCUCUCUCUACUAUUGCGAUCAAAUAAAGGUGGAAAAUGCCAAAAUAACAACAAUAAUAACAAUAAAAAAAAUGUAAAAUAGAACAGUGAUGCCUUUAUGAACAUUUUAUUACAUCAUACCUCUGCUACCUGAAAAAAGCUGUUAUUAGCUGUAAUAAAUUAUGUAUAGAAA